ACGUAGAACCAAAAUAUGUAAAAAAAAGAAUACCCCUAAACAAGCCAAACAUUGAAUCCACUCAAUGUUUGUUUUACUCAAAAAUACUUCUCAACCUGUUUGCAUGUGAAUCAAAUUCAUAGCGAUGAUAUCUAGCUUUUUCAGUAUAAAUUUACUUAUACAAAUCCAGUGAACAUAUUUGAGCAAAAAUAGAAAAUUUAGAUUGCACUCAAUAUUGUUUUACUAAAACCUAGAUUUUCAACCUUGCUGCCUGUAAAUCAAUGGAGAAGUGGAUGAACUUAUCAUUAAAUUUUCCUUCAAAACCUACCUUUGCUCUGCUAUUAUUUCAUACAAGGUGAACCACUUCCCCUGGGCUAUGUAAUAUCAUUCGUUUGGCAUGAACUUAUAGAAAUUCAGUGAGCAUAUACGGUGAGUAAUAGUUAUUUUUGAAAACGUUAAAAAAAUAUUUUACUAAAAAAAAACGAGAAAACUUAUACAUAUUCAUACUUGUUUGCACAUAAAUUGAAUUCCAAAGCGAUAACAUGUACUAAAUCUGGUUGUACAAGGACCGUAAUUAUAUUUCUUUGAUUAUACUUAAAAUUUCAUUUAGCUACAAGAAAAAUAAAAUUUUAAUACCACUCAAAAUUUAUUUGCUUAAAUUAUAAAAAACUCAUUGUUUUAAACUAUUCGCUAGGUAAAUUCACACUUGAAGCAAUGAUAUUAUUAUUUUUUUUUCGACAUGAAUAUCAUUAUAGAAGUCUAGUCAAUAUGUUUGAGUAGAAAUAGAAAAUUUGGGAAACACUCAACAUACCUUUUACCUUAAAAACUACUAAAAAUCUUGUUAUGUUAAACUGUUAAUAAUUCAUAAAUAUAGUGUAGUUAGCCGUCAGAGAAACACAAGGUUUUAGUUUGUUGGCCCAUAAACAAAAUGCAAAGCUAUAUUUUUUGACAAUAAUUUGCUUUUAGAUUUCCAGUGAACAUGUUUGAAGAAAAAUAAAAAUUUUAGAUAGAACUCAAAAUUGAUUUUACCAAAAAAAAAGAGCUAGAAAAUAUCCUAUUAUUUCACCAUUUUUUUAUUGUAAAUCAAAGCUCAAAGUGAUGAUAUGUUGUAUUUGGACCUGAGUUUGAUUGCAUAAGACAUGUAUGUUUUAAUUUAUGAUUUGCUGGCAAAUAGUGCUGGCAAAAAGCCCUUUUAUGUAGUUAUUCAAUAAAAAUAAAUUUUGAAUGCAAUCAAAAAUUUCUACUCCUACCCAAACAUGUUUAGUUCACUGCUAUAAUAAAAACUUAUGGCGAAAAAACUAGAUGCCAUCGCUUCAAAUUUUGAUUUAUUGAUAUUUAGUUUAAAAAUAGGGUUUUGUAGUUUUGAAAUUGAAAUAAAUUUGAAGAGUAAACAAAAAAUAUAUUUCUGCCAAAACAUAUUCAAUACACUUACUUCAGAAAUUAUGAUUCGGUCGAAAAAAUCACCAGUUAUCACUUUGAAUUAUGCUUUAUUAACAGUUUAAAAAAAUGAAGUUUUCCGUAGUUUUCUAAUUGAAAGAUAUUUUCAGCGUAAACUAUUUUUGCUUAAGCAUGUUCGCUGAGCUUCUACAAUCAAAUUCAUGUACAAAGAACUACAUACCACAGGGUCAAGUUUUACCACUUUCAAUUUUUUGUUGUUUCUUAAGUAAAACAAAUUUGAAAAUUAUAAUUUAUCACCUUAAAAAUAAUAAAUUGUUUAAUUUAUGCCAUAAAUCCUAAACAAGUAAAACGAGGAGGUACAUUUUGUUAAAUAACUUUGGGUAUACUAUGUAUAUAAAUAACUUUUCAAAGGAUAACGAUCAUGAAUAAUAUCUGAUUCCAAUGCUGGAAAAUAAAUUGAAAAUCGCUUGAAAAACGACGGAGCCAUGCAUAGUCAAAGUUUAGUUUAUUAUGGACACUUUGUAGUAAGCGUAAAUUUUCUCCCCUUGGUAGUUGAACUUUUCCAACCGAUAUUAUUUUUUACAAUACUUACUGCUUCUAAAGGUCUGAACAAAAUGCAAAAUUUACCCCUUGUGGAAAUGUCAGAUAGCGACGACAUACUUUCAACUUUUUUUUUUGGAGCUUCACCAUAGAUCCAUUUUUUUUUUGCUGAAACUGUGUUUAUUUUAUGGGAACAUAACUAUUGAUAACAACUUCGGGACUUAAGUACAAUUGUGAGAUACCUUAGGCGUUGAGGGGUGCUCAUCUUGAUCCGUCUUACCCUUUAUUUUAAAAUCAAUGAAGAUCCCCCCCACCCUCUGUUACACAUUAUGUAACUUUAUGUAACAUAAAAAUUUACGUAUGAGUCAUCAGCUGGCAAACUUCUGAAAAAUCCCCCAGUCCUCCCCUCUGAAAGAUUAACGUAAACUAUUGACGCAUUCCAAAUAGAUCACAUAUGCACUACUAACAAAAUACAUACAUUUUUUAGGGAUGGUCGAAGUCAAACAGAGUCAGACCGCGGCAUUUCUUAAAACUAAAAUAUUGGACACAUUAGCUGAAUACAACGUGCCAAUUGAAAAUAUUUUCUCGGUAACAGUAGACAACGGGGCCAACAUGGUGGCAGCUGUUAAAAAGUUACGCCAAGAAUUGGAGCAAGCGUUGUUGGAGAAACUAGAUGAUGGAAAUGAGGAUUUUGAGAAGACAACAGAUGAGCAUGAACCGGAACGCGAUAUUUCCGCUGAACUGUGCGUUGAAUUCCAGGAGCGCAUCAAUCUCGUGAGAUGUGCGGUGCACACUCUGCAACUGUCGAUACUGGAUGUUGUGAACAAGUCCCACGAAAGCGUAAAAGGUCUAACUGAACUGGCGAGAAAAUCAAAAAACAUGAAGUACCAGACAAAUUUUGACCACCACAAUGCCACACAUCCUCAAAUUUGGUGCCAAACCAGAUGGGGUGGAAUCUUUGAAAUGGUGGAGGCAUUUAAAACUCAGAGGACUUUCUUCGAACAACUGGCUGCUCAGUUUCCAGAGCUUGAUCUUACCAACCAUUGGAAAUUCAUAGACGACUACUAUGAAGCAUUCAAGCCUUUGUACAUCUGUACCAAGAGGAUGCAAGCGGAGCAUGUUUCUUUGCCUGACUUUUACAUGCUUUGGCUAAGGGCCAUAAGCGAAGUGCGAAAGGUCACCGGUAAUCAAUUCGUUCCUGGCUUGCUUACUUCGCUCAAUACAAGGCUAACAACCCUUCGAGGAUCAAGGGCCUUCAAAAUGGCUCUUUUCCUUGAUCCACGAUUCAACUAUCGUGGAUCAAAGUUUUUCUCACCUGAGGAGAAAAUGGAAAUUAUGGGGUACAUCAACGAAACAUGGCAGCGGAUUCGCCAACUACAAUCGCCAGCAUCCACUUCAAGCACAAGGAACGAAUCUCUGUCAGAGUCCGAACGAAAUGAUGAUUUUGAUGAGUAUCUCACUGAGAUGUACGGUGGCUCUGUCAAUACUGAUGGAGAACCCAGCGAGACGAAGUUUCUACAACAACUACAGUCACUGGACUUGGAACCACGCCAGAAUUCUAACUACAACGUUUGGGACCACUGGUUGCGACGUAAGACAACACAUCCCGAGUUGUAUGCUGUGGCCAUGGUUGUGUUGUCCACACCAUCAAAUCAGGUCUCAGUAGAAAGGGCCUUUAGUGUUCUUGGUCUAGUGUUGAGCAACCUUCGCACCAAACUCGCGGAGGAUACAUUAACCAACAUACUAUUAGUAAAGUUGAACAAAGCUCUAUUCCCGCAGGCUAUUGCGACGGCCUACAACUGGAAAGAAGUCGAAAGAAAUUAGAUCACUGUUUGGUGAUUGAAUGUUUUUUUCAUAAACCCUUCAUAAACCCUCGAACAUAUAUAAAAUAUAUUCAAACACACCCCAGCAUACAACAUUAUUCCUCGAUUAUUUUUUCAAACCUUUUUCUUUCGUCGUGUACAUCGCCUAAAACUUGCAUGC